CCCGACAUCUGGGCGAGACGCGGCUUUAACAGCAGCCGAAUCGACCGACACUCCGAGCCGGAGGAAUCCAGCCAGCCUCCGGUCCGAAGGGAAACCGAAGCAGAGAAGACGGAGAUGUAAUCAUACCGAGACAGAACCUGCGCUUUUCUCUACUCCAUCCAACUAAAACUUCACCGAGUUUCCGUUCAGCUUUACCUUAAAAAACCAAUAAAGAUGUACCGUUCUACUAAAGGAGCUUCAAAAGCCCGGAGGGACCAGAUAAACACCGAAAUAAGGAAUCUGAGGGACUUGUUGCCCAUCUCUGAUGCGGACAAGGCUCGCCUCUCCUAUCUACACAUCAUGUCUCUUGCCUGCAUAUACACCAGAAAAUCGGUCUUUUUCUGCCAAGAGCUGGGUGAAACAAGCGAUACUGAGGAAAGCCAUACAUUCCUGUCAUUUCAAGAGCUUUCGGAGCUGGUGCAAGCCAUGCCAGGGUUUCUGAUGUUGCUGACCGCCGAGGGAAAGAUACUGUACCUGUCGGACAGUGUCUCUGAACACCUCGGACACUCAAUGGUGGAUUUGGUUGCCCAAGGUGACAAUGUGUAUGACAUAAUAGAUCCUGCAGAUCACGUUAUUAUGAGGAGUAACCUGGUGCCUCUGACUUCACCUGAUACCGAUCGAUUGUUCCGGUGCCGUUUCAACACUUCUAAAUCGGUGCGUAGACAGAGCGCUGGCAACAAGCUUGUACUGAUUCGGGCUCGCUGCCUAUCACCACCAGUGGGCCCCUCUUCACCAGGAUCCUACUGGACCUCCAAUCCAGUCUGGGUCUGUUUUUGUGCACCUCUGGACCCCCACCCACCCAGACCUGGUACCACAAGUGAACAACAUUUCACCCCAUCUCUGGAGAGCAGCUUCCUUCUUGUGUGUUUCCGCUCUCAGCACAGUCGUGACAUGAGACUGCAAGACGCACAAGAUAGUGUAAAUGUUUAUCUGGGUAUGGAUGUGGAGACUCUUCGCUCUCGCUCCUGGUACAGCCUUCUGCAUCCACAGGACCUUACACAUGCCUCAGCUCAGCAUCGCAAUUUGUUAAGGGAAGGAGGAGAAGGAAGAGCUGAAAUGGUGGUUCGUGUGGAGGCUAGUGAUAACUCAUGGGUCUGGCUGUAUAUGGUCCUGCAGCUUGAAACAGGAGAAAACCCAAUUAGCAGCAACAAUUAUGUCAUCAGUGAAUCAGAAGCCUGGGCAGUAAGGCAACAACUGAACUCUGAAGAGACCCAGCUCUCUGUGGUGCUGAGCACCAGUACCUCCCAACAGGAAACCAUCAGCUUGCAGAGUCCUGAAACACUUUCCAGUCCUGACCAAGUAUUUACACCCGGAAGCAGUGGUCUCUCAGCUCAGUCAUUUGACUUCAGCAUGACAGUGUGCAGCACCGGUUCUACAGAAGAACAAGCCACAAGCUCUUUAAUGGAUCCUAUGCCAAUGGAGAGUGCCCCCCGCUCCAGUCUCUCUUCUAUGGAAGAAGAAAGUUUAUUCCAGCAGCCAACCAGUGAAGCAUUAGAAAGGCCUUCAGCUUCUUCAUCUCCUGACACAGUAGCCACUGUGUCAGAUUUGGACUUUCUCACCCAAAACAUUCUCCUGCCCCCUGCUUUUCAAGUAGACCCUCCACUACCUGCACUCCCUCUUCCUUUACCACCAAUGACUACUUCCCAAGCCCAACAGACCAAGGAGUUUGAGUGCACCCCACCCUAUACACCUCAGCUUGGGACCAGCAGUUUCCCAUUUGGAGAGCCUCUCUUCAGCUUUGAUCCCACUGGUGCCACCACACCCCCACCACUUGUCCCAACCGCAUCAGUCACAACUACAGUAGCACCUUCUAUUUCUCCAUCUGCUCCCUCAGACCCACAAGGCAGCCCUGCUCCUCCAACCACUACACUUUCCACACUGAUGCCACUUACCCUGCCAGCUUUGUCCACAGAUAUUCUCUUUCCUGUAGCUUCUUGCAGUGGUUCACUGUAUGAGAAGCUUCCUCCAACCCCAGACAGUCCAGGUGAUGGAGACUGCACUAUUAUGACUCUGCCUGAGGUUCACGGUCCACUUUAUGUUGAUGUCCCAUGUGGGACCCUCCCCUACCCUCCUGAAGGCCUGCUUACACCUGAGGCAUCACCUGGAAAACAGCCAGACCUGUCUUUUUUCUCCAUUGAGCAGGAGAACAUUAAAGAAAGAACUGAGAUCUCUCUUUUAGCACAUCACAUAAGUACAUUAGCUGAGGGAUUCUACCUAGACCCUCUCCUCACCAAGUUGUUACCCUCUUCCAUGUCUCCUCGACCUUCCUCUACCACCCCAGACUCGGAAGGUAUUGAGACACUUCUGGGAGAAGUCUAUCCUGUGAAAGAAAGGAGAGGUCUGGACCUGCCCAUUUUCCCAGAUGAUGACUCUCUGUUUGAAGAGAGUGUCUUAGAGACCAUCUUCCAAGAACUCUCCUCUCCAUCCCUCUCUUCCACCCCUUCCUCUCCCUCCAGUCCUUCCUUAUCCCCAACAACUGAGUGCUGGCGUCCACCCCUGCAAUUUGACAGGGCUUCUGAUGUGAGUGCCGGCCACUUCUGUAGCGUCCAUUCGGCGCAAUGUAACCACAUGGCCGGGUGCGGGGUCAUACUGUCGCCAGUCAACCUGGGCGACAUGGUGGAUGUGAAGGCGGCAGGCGAAGUUGCCAUGGAGACAGAGAUUGCAUCAUCACCACUCUCGACUGGUAUCCCAGCGUCUCCACCGCUGCAGCUGACAGCCUCUCCUGUCUCACCUGUCUCUCCACUGCCUGUCUCUUCACCCGCCAGCCCCGCAUCGCCUGGCCUGCCCUGCGCCCAGUCCCUCAUCGAGGAGCUGGCCGCCCUGGAACCUAUGUUUGGGGCAGGUGCCUCGUUAGCCCCUGCCCUGGGGCAACAACCUGAGUUGUAUCAACUCCAAAGUCACCUGCCACAACAGUGCUUCCACAAAGAUGAGAGUGGAAGUGAUCCUCCGUUCUAAAAUAAGUCUGUGACUUACUUCAUCAAGUAUGGCA